AUGUAUAAUCUCGGGGUUGCUUAUGGUGAGAUGCUUAAGUUUGAUAUGGCUAUUGUAUUCUACGAGCUUGCCUUUCAUUUCAAUCCACAUUGUGCGGAAGCUUGUAAUAAUCUAGGUGUUAUAUAUAAAGAUCGUGACAACCUUGAUAAAGCUAUAGAAUGCUACCAGCUUGCUUUGUCAAUCAAACCCAACUUUUCACAGUCAUUAAAUAACCUUGGUGUUGUCUACAUUGUCCAGAGUAAGAUGGACGCCGCGGCAAGUAUGAUUGAGAAAGCUAUCAUUACAAAUCCGACAUAUGCAGAGGCCUACAAUAACCUAGGACUUCUUUACAGAGAUGAUGGUGAUAUUGCUCUAGUAAAUAAUGCUUAUGAACAACGUCUCAAGAUUGAUCCCAACUCUCGAAAUGCUGGCCAGAACCGCCUGCUUGCAAUGAAUUACAUAGAUGAAGGAAAUGAUGACAAACUUUUCGAAGCUCAUAGGGACUGGGGUAGGCGGUUUAUGAGACUAUAUCAACCAUUCACAUCAUGGAACAACUCAAAAGAUCCUGAAGGUUUCAAAAAACACUAUGCCACGGUACAAGUUGAACUAACUGAUGAAUGGUACCCUAUAAAUGCCAUUUUGGAUGUUCCAUUAUCAAAGCAGCUGGCUGCUGGAAGAUUGUUUUCAGUUCUCAAAGCUUCACUUCUCUCUGAUUCAUCAUACAAAGUUCAUUUUUCUCAACUUGCGAUAAUCUUCAUAAUUGUCAUCAUUUCCGCUCUUCUCCUAUCGCCAACGCACGCAACCCCCAAACCAAAGAAAAGUGAAGACAGUGAUGAAGGGAUCAAGACGAAGCAGACAAGAUCAAGAAGGACAAUAAUUGUAUUACUUCACCUCUGGAUUUCUGAAGCGCUACCAACGUGUCUUCAAUAG